AUGGAAAUGCUAGCGAACAACGGUACGUACGUUUUCAACAAUGAUGAGUGUCUCAGCCAAGGUCAAGUCAAAAGUUAUUUUUCCCGUUUGGCUCUCAAACAACGAUCAAUGGAACAAGUUUUGGAUGAACAAACAAAAAAGAAAGCAAUAUCACACUCAUCAUCUACUACCAAUAGUAACGCAACUAAUCUCCAAUCGAAUGAUACAAUCAUUACAAGUGAAUUCGAUGAAAUUGAAGAAAUUGAUACUCGUGAUCUAGAAGUAUAUUCAUGGCGUCAGAUACUUGAUGAAACAAAACGAAUUCUUGAUACUCCAUUCAUUUCUUCUCCUUCAUCAGUUGCAAGUCCCUCAUUAAAAAGAAAACCAACAGUAGAUGAUUAA